AUGACAGGCUCCGAACAUCUCAAUGUCUUCAAGGGUCCUGAAUCCGUUCGCAACUAUUUCGACCCUGAGCAAUCACCUCCUUUGCCUCUAGUUGAGAUUCCCGAUUGUCUCAACCCUUACCGUCAGGAUGGCGUUCGCAUCUACGCCAAGAUGAUGACCAUGCACCCUGCCACCAAUGUCAAGGUGAUGCCCGCUAUGAACUUGUUGGAGAACGGUGUUGAGCCUGGCAAGACAAAGACCAUCGUCGAGAGCAGUUCCGGUUCAACUGUCAUUUCCAUGGCCAUGGUUGCCCGUGCUUUUCACGGUAUUAACGAUGUUCACGCCUAUCUCAGCAACAAGACAAGUGAGACCAAGCUGCGCAUGAUGCAGUUCUUUGGCCUCAAUGUUACCCUUUUUGGUGGCCCUGCUCAACCUACGCCGGUUGAUGAGCGAGGUGGUAUCAGAGCCGCAGCCCGAAAAGAUGCCCAGUCUGAAUCUGUGUGCAGUCCUAACCAGUACAUCAAUGACGAUAACUGGAAGUCACAUGUGCGAUGGACUGGUCCUCAAAUCCACCGCCAACUCCCAGAGAUCAAUGUGAUUGUAGCCUCCAUGGGAACUUCUGGCACCAUGACUGGUCUCGGUACCUACUUCAAGGAGGCCAAGCCUGAUGUGUACAGAAUUGCUGUAUGUACCAACGCAGGAGAGCGUGUCCCUGGACCUCGCGAGUACUCCUUGAUGAGCGAGGUGGGGUUCCCAUACCUAGCCUCUCACGAUGCCCUCGAGGAAGUCGGCGCACCAGACUCAUACUCCCUCUCAUUGGACCUUACUCGCCAGGGUAUCGUCUGCGGUCCUUCCUCGGGUUUCACUCUGAAGGGUCUGUUCCAGCGCCUUGAGAAGCUGAAGCAAGAGGGAAAGCUAUCGGAGCUUGCUGGAUCUGAUGGCGAGAUCCACUGUGUGUUCAUGUGCUGCGAUCUCCCCUUCCAGUACUUGAACGAGUACUUCUCUAACCUAGGUCCUGAGAAGUUUAGCCCUCUUCGUAAUGAGCGCUUGAGGAACGUCGAUCUCUACCGUUAUGAUGACGCCUGGGAGCUCAACUCUCUGACUGCCCUAUCAAACUACUUCACCAUUCACCCCCUAGGAACACAUGACACCGUCCUCUCCCUCGCAGACCAAAUCGACAAGGCCCUCACUCCCUCUAUCAACACCCAAAUCCUGGACUUCCGCCGCUCAUCAGACUACGACGCUUUCCACCUCCCCAACUCUGUCAACAUUCCCCUCGAGGCUCUUCGCAACGGACCCGACAGUGGCAGCCCCUUCUCCAACCCCGCCGACGAGUGCGCCAUGCUCGAGGAAGUCUGGCUUGAGCUGGAGAGCCUCUUCAGCGUCAAGGACAAGAGCGGUAACCGAAAUGCUAGCGCUGAAGCGCUCAUGUCUAUGCUCCGUGGCAAGAAGGUCUUGACUCUAUGCUACGACGGUGAUAGCUCUCGUGUUGCCAACAGUGUCCUUCGUGCCAAGGGCGUUGAGGCAGAGUGUGUUCGUGGAGGUUACGGUGCAUUGGCUAAGUUGCAGAUGCCUUGCAACAACACCUGCGAGGUUGUCUCUAUCCCCGUUCCUGUGGAAGUCUAA